CUCUGUGCGUCAUUUAAAUUUAAAUGUGAAAAGAAUUAGAAUGAGGUUAUGCCUUUGUGUCACAUUUAACCUGAACAGUUUGGAAGGGAAUUUUAACAGUCUGCUUGUGAACGCAACUCGAGCCGGAGCGAAGGAGUUGCCCCUCUCUCAACAGCAUCAAAUUUUAUGUUCUCCCUGGGAGGAAUAUUCCUCACUGUGAGCUCCGGCUGCAAUUCUGCAACAGAAUGAAAGCCUUUUGUAGCAACCCGAACAAGUCGAACAUGCGGGUUUGAGCCUUCGUCGUCCACGGAUGCGUCUGGUGGCGCCUAUCGCCUGAGACAUCGGUUGCAAUCCGCGGCGAGACGCAGACGGGAUGGGGGAGCGGUCGGACCGAGCCCCUCUGCUGGACUGGGAAGAGGUCCCGUCCGCGGAGAAGCCCACCGGUGUCGACUCCAGAGACCGGCUCGCGAGUCCCUCCGACAGCCGCGGUCCGCCGGCUGUCUCCGCGCCGGGGCUUGGGUGGAGCGGCGCUCCGGGGGGUCCAGACGGCUGCGGCGCCCCGCCCGCAACCUCCAUCACUCAGGCGGGCGAGGAUGGAAUACGGCGCCCCGACGCGCUGGAACAUCCCUCGGAUUCAGGACCCGGGGAUGUGCCGCUGGAAGAUCGGAUGGUGACGUGGGAGGAAAAGGAUCAAAUCGUUUCGGUUUUUGUGGUUACGUUCAACACGAGAACAGGAAACAUGCUUGAGUGGUGCCUACCCAAGGAUAUGGACCUGGAAGGAGUGGAGUUUAAAGCCAUCGCCAGCGGCUCCCACAGAGUCACCACAGACUUCAUCUACUUCCGGAAAGGCUCCUACUUCGGCCUGGCCUGCUUCGCCAACAUGGCGGUGGAGAGCACGGCGGAGCGCGGCGCCAGGAUGAAGUCGGUGGGCAUCCUGUCGCCUUCCUACACUUUGCUCUACCGCUACAUGAGCUUCCUGGAGCACCAAGUCAGGCUCCAACUUCAAUCCCCGGGCCACUAUUCUCCUUUGGAGGCCUUCUACGAGGACAAGAGGGCACUGCUGCUCCCUAGCGGCGAUGACGUCGUUUCACUUUGCCCUAUCAGUGCCUGGGGGGUCGCCAUCAACCACAGCAUGCAUCCAGAAAUGAAGAUCACCCACCCGGCAGGCUGCAUGUCCCAGUUCAUCCGCUUCUUCGGCGAGCAGAUCAUGGUGCUGUGGAAGCUGGCGCUGCUGCGGCGGCGAAUCCUCAUUUUCUCUCCGCCGCCCGUGGGCGUGGUCUGCUACCGAGUGUACUGCUGCUGUUGCCUGGCAAACAUUUCCAUCCCGGGAGUGGGCGUGGCCGUGCCCGAGUUCAGGCCUUUCUUCUACGUCAACGUGGCCGACAUUAGCGCGCUGGAGAACGAGCUCUCCUAUGUGGCAUGUACGACCGAAAAGAUCUUCGAGGAGAAGCGGGAUCUCUACGACGUCUACGUGGACAAUCAGAACGUCAAGACUUACAGGGAGGGUCUCAAGCCACUGCUCCGCAUCAGCACCGCCGACCGGGAGAAGUAUCGCAAGCUCACUGAGCAAAGGAAGAUGCUGCUAUACUCUCAGGAGGAGAAUGGCGACUGCGUGUCCAGUGAAGAGGAUCUCUUUAUUCUGUUUUUCCUGGAGCAGAACAACCGGAUUUUCCAGACCCUGAACGAGGUGGCCGCCAGUCCUGACCCGACGCUGACCACGGAGAGCGUGAGGGCCAUGGGACUGGACCCGCACGGCGACCGGCUCUUCCUGCUCCACCUGCUGGAGAUCUACGGUUUUGACGCGCUGCUGGUGUCCGACCAGCUUUGCUGCAGCUGAGACGCCGAUUCCGCCUUCGGGAUGGCUUCUCGACCGCAAAUAGCCGCCUCCUCGAUUAUUUUCUUUUGAUUUAUUUAAUUUUUUUUAGAAUCUUCCUCUGCUCCCAGUGGGUCGAGCAAACCCCCCCCCCCCCUCCAACCUGGAUACUGUGUUGCAUGACCGGUGACCACAGCCUCGCGUUCUGUAAAUAUUGUUUUGUCUUUCCCGUGUGGGUCUCCUGCAGGCCUAGUUGAAGCAUUUAUGUACAAAUCAACAUUUCAUUUGUAAAAUGUGAACACUGUCGUUGAAGGAUGCAUCUGUUUUUUUUUUUUCAUUCUUGUUUUUUUCUUCUUCUUUGCCAUAGCUGAGACCAAAUUGAAAUCUUUUCAACGGGCUCCAAGUGGCGUCGACGCAGAUUUAUUUUGCACGCUGCCAGCUGAGCCUCCGCGUCCAAUGUCCAGUUGGGGUUGGAACACUAAUCAAGACGAACGCAGGCCCUUGGGGAGGAAGCUAAGUCGUUUUCUGCUGGCUGUCUUGGUACCUUGACUUACGAAUGUCAUUUGUUUAGCAUCACUCACAUCUCUAAUCAUCUUGCCCCAUUGACGUGAAUGGAAAUCUACAAAAAAAUUGACAUUUUCGCAAGGACAUAAAGUUACAAAUGACUUGGGCCAGUAUGCUACCAUGCUAACUUUUUUCUUAAAGAUUUAAAUCGACUUCAAUUUUGAUGCUAAUUUCAUUACCAGACCCCCCCCCCCAAUUUUGCUGCUGUAGACUGUAAAUUUCCCCAAUGUGGGACAAAUAAAGGUUAUCUUAUCAGCCCCCCCACCCCAGUAUUUCCUAUUAUGCGUUAUCAUUAAGCUAGCAGACUUUUAGCAAAGACCAAGUUACUCUGUGUAGCGCUUGACC